CGCAGCGCGAGGCCAGUCCGAGAACGCGACCCUAACAUUAACAUCCGGUGUAUUCCGACAGUCGGAAACGGAAACGACUGCUUGAUCGUACGAUUAGUCGCACGGCAACAUGAAGAUCGCUACGCUGCUUCUAGUUAUCGUGGCCUUCGCUUCAGGUCAGAGGAUUACGACAAUUCAGCUCGAUGGAGUCCAAUAUUUCGUAUCAAGAAUGAAUCCAUAUAGUCCAGAACUGAAUUAUUUCCUAGCGUAUCAAUAUUGUCGUUCUUUGGGUCUUCAACUGGCAUCCUUCGAAACGAAGGAAAAAUCAGACACUAUGACCCAAUAUCUAAAGAACGCUGGUUAUACCAAAUACGACUUUUGGACGUCUGGUAAUAAACUCGGCACGGAUAUGUUCCUAUGGAUGAGUACAGGACUACCCUUCAACACAACAUUCGAUUAUAUGCUAAAGAGACCUGGAAACAGACCUGCUGACGUUCCACCUGGCACCGAACCUCAAAGAGUUGCGCGUGAAAGUGGCGACAGUGGCAGUGCAGACGGUUGCGUCGCGAUGAUAGCACCAACGUUAGCAUGGGAAGCUCAGGAUUGUACCCUCGUUAAGGACUUUAUCUGCGAGCAAACAAGAUGCUACUACUAUAACUACGGCAGCAUUCCAGUCUCCGCGACUCAGGGGUAAGAGAAAUCGCAGACCCUACAUAACGACCACCUCGGCGCCGGCCAGCGACGACCAGAUCGACGAGCACGUGGAGGAAGAAAAUAAGGAAGAGAAAAAACAUGAUGAAGUUAUCGAGGAUAAGACAACGUCAUCGUCGAAC